CAGAUCAAGAUGUUGGAUGGUGAACGCAGCAAACUUGGCAAAGAAGUCGUAGAGUUACAGACCAGAGUUGCUCAUGAUGAAGAAAAGGAUGAAGAAUCCAGAAGAUUUUCGUUUGAUUUGAAACAGAAGGUGGUUGAAACUGAAGCCAGCCGAGAAGCCUUACGUAAAGAACUUGCCAAUAUGCAACGAAAGAUGGCCGAACUUAUUGAUGAAGCUCAUCUUAAGGAGAAGAACUACCACAUGUUAUUGGAGGACAGUCGACGAAAUGAAGCUAAAUUAGAUGAUAACAGAAAUGAAUUGGAGCACGCCUUAGACAACUGCAAUGCAGAAAUCAAGGAUUUGAGAUUGAAAUUAAGCGGCAGCGAAGGAAGAGUUAAUGCCCUUGAGGCGGCCUUAGCUAGAUUAGAAGGUACCAAACGAGAUAUUGAAUUCAAACUCAAUAGUAUUGUAUCCAGUCUUCGAAGAUCCAUUGGUUUCCGACAGGAGAUGCCAAGAGGUCGAGCCAUGAGAACCAGGAGUCCUAGUCCAAGAAGAUCCCGAUCCAGACCUACCUCACCAUCCAAAGGAUUCGAGAGCACCUACACUACCACUACUGAUGGUAGAGGAACACCCAUACCAAGAACUGGUGUGUCUCCAGUACGUGGUGAGAGUCCAGUCAGAUCACGAGGAGCUUCACCUGUAAGAUUUGUUGAUAUGUCAGCUGUAGAUGUUGAUCCUGAGGCUGUAAGAAUGGCUCUUCGAGAUUUCAUGGGACAACUGGCUAAUGCUGAACGAGAAAGAGAUGAUGCCAUCAGCUCUGUGAACAGCCUGACAACUCAAUUAAGAGAUUUGGAGGGAGACCAUGAAAGAACAGAAAACAGACUGUCUACAUUACAGAAAUCUAUGGGAGCUAUUGAAGAAGACAAACGAGGUAUUGACGGACGUCUAUCUAGCGCCCAGACUGCUCUCAUGUUGCAAGAAGAAACCAUCCGUAGAAACGAACGAGAACGAAAAACUAUGUCUGACAAAUGUAUUGCUCUAGAACGUAACUUAACUGCUGUGGAAUCUGAAAAACGUCAACUUGAAGAGAAACUCAGUAAGAUGAGAACCAAUGAAUCCAAACUUGAAGAUGACAAGAAAAAUCUGAAGAUCGCUUUUGAUGAUGCUGAGAACAGAUGUACUAAAUUAGAAUUGAGUCGUCGAGCCUUAGAAGGUGAAUUACAGAGAGUGAAAUUGGCCAUGAAUGAUAAAGAAACUGAAAAUCAGGUACUAUCCAACCGAGUAGACAAUCUAAUGAAACAAGUACAAGAUUUAGAGUCCAAGUCUAACUCCUUACAACUAACCAUUGAUAGAAUGAGCCUCAACUUGACCAAGACAGAGGAGGAGGGACAUCACCAUAAAGACAAGGUUCAAGCAUUGAGCAUGUCUUUAUCUGACAGCAAUGCUGUUAUCAGUGAACUCGAAGACAGGAUUUCUCAGAUGCAACGAGCUAUAACUAAUAGUGAACAUGAUCGUAGGGUGUUACAAGAGAGACUUGAACAAACAAGACAAGCCUUGGAUGAUGCGAAGAAACAGAAUCAGAAUUUAUUGGAAAGAAUGCAGGGAUUACAGUCAGACCUGAGUGAAAGUGAUGUACGAAGGUCAGAAUUAGAAGGUCAUGUACGACAGAGUUCAACGAUCUUAGUACAACGCCAGGAAUCAGAACAAGAAUUGAAUCAAAAAAUCCAGAAAUUACAGCAAGACAAACAGAACUUAGCUGAUAAAGUCACGCAGCUACAGAGAACUAUUUCAGACAUGGAGAACGCUAAACAUGAAGUUGAGAGGUCAGCCACUAGGUUGGAGAAAGAUAAAUCUGCCUUAAGAAACACCCUAGAUAAGGUUGAAAGGGAGAGACUACGAAGUGAAGAGAUGGCCAACAAGAGUGUGUUAGAACGAGGCAAUCUCGAUAUCGUCAUGCAAAGACUGGAAGACGAUAACGUCGAACUACAACGUCAAGUACAACAACUGCAAGCUCAACUAGCCGAGGCUGAACAGCAACAUUCCCAAAGAUUGAUUGAUUUAACGACACGUCACCGAGCCGAGACUGAAAUGGAAACCGACAGACUUCGUCAAUCUCAGACUCAAGCUGAACGUUUAUUAGACGCCAGAGAACGAUCCAACAGACAGAGAAUCAAGGGUUUAGAGGAACAGGUAAGCCUUUGA